UCGGCGCGGCGGGGCCGCAUGCGCAGCUCUCCAACGGCGCGGCGUGCGGGAACGAUGGAGCCGCCUGCGCCGGCUGCUACGGAGGCUGCGGACCCUGGGGGGGCCGAAGCGUACUGCAGCUCCGAGGACGGUCGGGAACCGGACGCAGUGCGCUUCGACCGCGAGAGGGCGCGCCGCCUGUGGGAGGCUGUGUCCGGUGCGCAGCCGGCGGGAAGGGAGGAAGUGGAGCACAUGAUCCAGGAGAACCAGUGUCUCUUCACCAGCGCGCAGUGUAAAGUCUGCUGCGCCACGCUGAUCUCGGAGUCGCAGAAGCUGGCCCAUUACCAGAGCAAAAAACAUGCCAACAAAGUGAAGCGCUACCUAGCAAUCCAUGGACUGGAGGCACUAAAGGGGGACGUGAAGAGGCUCGAUGCAGACCAGCAGAAGAGCAGCAGAAGCAAAGACCAGAACCGCUGCUGCCCCACCUGCAACAUGACCUUCUCCUCCCCCGUCGUGGCGCAGGCGCACUACCUGGGGAAGACCCACGCCAAGAACCUAAAGCUGAAGCAGCAGGCCACCAAGGGGGCAGCUUUGUCGAAACACCUUACAAACCCUUUCCUUGUGGCCUCCACCUUAGCCUUGCACCAGAGUAGAGAGAUGCUAGACCCAGACAAGUUCUGCAGCCUCUGCCAUUCAACGUUCAAUGACCCUGCCAUGGCGCGACAGCACUACAUGGGCAAGAGACACAGGAAGCAGGAGACGAAGCUCAAGCUCAUGGCGCACUACGGGCGGCUGGCGGACCCUGCUGUCUCUGACUCACCAGCUGGGAAAGGCUAUCCCUGCAAGACGUGUAAAAUAGUGCUGAACUCCAUCGAACAGUACCAGGCUCACGUCAGCGGCUUCAAACACAAGAACCAGUCGCCCAAAACAGUGGUGACACCGGUGAGCCAGGUACCAGUGCAAACUCAGCCCGCUCCAAAGGACUCAAGCCCAGUGGAAGACUAGAGUGUUUCUGCCUGGCCAGCCUUGUUGGCACAGCCACGAGCCAGUUCCUGGUGACUCUGGUUAGCCCUGGCUCCCUCUUCCUUCUUUCUUCUGUCAGAAGAAUGUGGAGGCCUGAGGCCAGAUUGGGCACAGCCAGCCUCAGCCUGGGCCUGGGUUGAGCUCUUCUCACUCCUCCUCCUCUUUAGUGUGGCCCCAAGGUCAUGACCAGAGUCCGGCCCUGGGAAGACCUGAGGUGGUGGCUAGAGGUCAGCCUUGCCCGCCCCUCUGGGUGUGUGUGCUGCAGUCCCUGUUGUUGGGAGCAAGUCCUGCAGCUGAGGGAGGCACGGCCUCUGUGCUCUAUGAGCGCCUGUGCACUGGAGCUUCCUGAAGACUUUGCCAGAGCAGCACACGAGAGCCUGGAGUUAAUGUGUCAGUCUGUCUGCAGGUGGAGGUCCUGCCAACCGUGAAGUCUCCUGGGACACACAGUCCUCGAAGAGCCCUGCCAUCUCUGCUGCCCGUCUCUCCAUCCCACGUGGUGCUAGGCAUCUGCAGCAGACCCACGUGCCCAGGAAAUCGUGGGAAGCACCCUAGGGGCCUCUGCUUUAUCAGGGGUGCUGUGACCUGGGUCCUGUGAGAAAGGCGCCUGCCUGCUGUGUGGCCCCUUGCUUCUGCGUCCUGCCAGCCUGCGGGAAGGUUAUCUGAGGAGUUGUGUGCCCUUGUGCUCUAGGUCAUCCCACCCAGGCUGCUGUGGUGCUAUCCCUCCCCGUCAUCCUCAAGGAGCCAGGGGCCGCUGAGGAGGGCUGUAGAGCUGGUGCAGGCCCCGAACUGAGCGUUCCCUGCUGCUGCUUUACGUCCUGGGAGUCCCCAGGGGUGGGUUUGUCACUGUGGAGCAAGCCUCCAGGCGGUGUAUCCCUGAGGCUCCUUCACUGUUAAUGCCCUUGGGUACCGUGUAGGGAUGGGGGGGUGAGUCACUCAACCAUCCACAUAGAGUUUUCCGUGAGGUGGGCUGUAGCCUCAGCCCUGGGAUUGACAGCCGUGUUGAUGCUGCUGUGAUAUCCCUGCACAAUCAGCCCCUGGUGCCCUCACCAAUGGUCUCACUCCAGGAAAAGUCUCCCUGGUGCCCAAACACCCAGCCCAGUCCAUGCAGCCAGCCACCCCUCUUUCACAUAGGAGUUCCAGAGGUCUCCAGAGAAUCUGUGCUUUGCGAUGGUCGUGCUAGCUACUAAGUGGAGGACUGCAGUGAGACCAGGAGGAAACCAGUGCCCGUGGGCUGUCUCCAGGGUAACCAGUCCCUUCAAAUCCAGGGUGCGUGCACGUGGUGGCGUCCUUUUCCUGCUCUAAAGAGGAGAGCAGUUUCCUUGUGGGCCUCUGUUCCAUGGGAGAGCCUUUUCUGUGACUCGGAAGUGGCAGAAACUGACCACAGAUGGCCAGGCCAAGCAGCCUCUGUAGACCAGGCUAGGCUUGAACUCGGCGAGCCUCUGCCUACAGUGCUGGGAUUAGAGGCGUGCGCCACCAUGCCUGGUGGCUCAGUUUUUGUGCUAUCUGGUGGUCCUUUAUUUGAAUCACUCACAACCUUUGUACUGUGAGCGCUUGUGGUGUUUCUCCUUGAGGGUCAUCCCAGAUAAAGCUGCUGUAAAGCUGUGGCGCAUGGUGCGUGCACUGCUCCACUCAGAAGUGGGCUGGUUUUUUUAGCCCACUUUCUGAUGUUCUUUCUGAUGUUCCUUUCUUUAGUGUGUAAAGGCCCCAGUUCCACUUCUUAUCUGUAUUAAGUCUUUCAAGUCAGUGGUCCUGAUGGCAACCCAGAAGUUGUCCUAGGGGUCAGCAUUCUAACAAAAGCCUAAUGAUACUUUCAGCAUUGAAGCAAACAAAGGACAAGAACUGUCUUUCUAUAUAGCCCUGGCUGUUCUGGAACAUACUGUGUACACAGGCUGGCCUCAAACUCGGGCAUCCUCCUGCCUCUCCUGAGUACUCGGAUUAAAGACAGGCAUUGCCAUACCCGCUUA